GGAAGACUCGAGCAAAAGCGGAGAUGGCGACGGCUGGGGCGCUCGUGUCGUGGUGUAUGGGGCAGUUGCGUGGCGGCUUCGCGCUGGAUGUUGGCGAGGAGCUUGUCCAGUAUAUCUUGUCUAUUGAAGAUGAGGAGGAGAUUCGAGAGUAUGUCGCUGACCUAAUCCAGGGGACGGAUGGCAAGAAGAAGCACUUUAUUGAAGAACUAGUAGACAGGUGGCGAAAAUCUUGUCAGCCAACAUCUGAUCUUUUGCCACUUUAUCGGAAAAAAGAUGAUAUUUUGGAGCCUCCUCGGCUAGGAGACCAAACCAAGAGGGGAAGACGUAAAGGGAGAAACAAACUGGAAGCACCUGUUUAUGUUGAAACCGAGCAGCCUGUAGAGGAAGUAAAAACACCACUUGACCUAGCCAAGGCCCAGGAGAUAAACAGCAGCAGCAGCUCCUCCUCCAAGAAGAAGGCAAAAUACGUCAACUUGUACACGAAGGAAGGUCAGGACAAACUGGCAGUCAUGCUACCGGGACGCCACCCUUGCGAAUGCCUGGCCCAGAAACACAAACUCAUCAACAACUGCCUGACAUGCGGACGCAUUGUCUGCGAGCAAGAGGGUUCCGGGCCUUGCCUCUUCUGUGGGACUCUGGUCUGCACAAAAGAAGAGCAAGAUGUCCUGCAGCGAGAUUCUAACAAGAGCCAGAAGCUGCUGAAGAAGCUCUUGGCAGGCGCUGAGAACUCUGGUAAGGCAGAUAUAAGUGGCAAGGACCUGUUGCCCCGUCAAGAGGCUCGACUCAAGGCAGGGCUGGAGGUGGCUGUGAAGCACAAAGACAAACUCCUGGAGUAUGACAAAACAAGUGUGCGCCGAACCCACGUGAUUGACGACGAGUCGGACUACUUUGCCACCGAUUCCAACCAAUGGCUCUCGAAGCAGGAGAGGGAAGCGCUGGAGAAGAGAGAGAAGGAGCUGCGUGAGCUGCGGCAUGCUUCGCGGCUCUCCAGGAAGGUCACCAUCGACUUUGCCGGGCGGCAGAUCUUGGAGGAACAGGGCGGCCUGGCAGAAUAUCACAGCAAGUUGGAUGAAACGGUUGAAGCGAUCAACAGCGGCACCUUGAGCAAGUCAAAGCAGAGCCCUGAAGGGAAACGUGAAGAGCCUGGAGUCCUCGUGAAUCCAAACCUUCUCCAGCCAGCCCCUGUGUGGGUGGAGCAGACUGGAUUGCUUCCACACAAGAAGACCGGCCCACCUGCAGAGACUGGGAGCGAGACAAAUUUGGAAAGAAGCCGCUUACGGGUUCAGGACCGAGAAAUACAGGAGAUCUCAGAUGAUGGCUGGUGCCUAAGCAUGCAUCAGCCCUGGGCCUCCUUGCUGGUCAAAGGGAUCAAAAGAGUAGAAGGCAGGACUUGGUACACAUCGCAUCGGGGUCGGUUAUGGGUAGCAGCUACAGCUCAAAAGCCGUCCGCUCAGGAAAUCUGUGAGCUGGAGGCCACCUACAGAAUCCUGCUCCAGGAAGAUUUGGAAUUUCCCAAAGAUUAUCCCUCUGGCUGCCUCCUCGGCUGCGUGGACCUGAUUGACUGCUUGUCACAAGAGCAAUUUAGGGAGCAGUAUCCACGGCUGAGCCAGGAGUCGGCGUCCCCGUUUGUCUUUAUCUGUUCCAACGCUCAGGAGAUGGUUGUUAAGUUUCCCAUCAAAGGCAGACACAAAAUCUGGAAGCUGGAGUCAAAGAUUCAUCAGGGGGCAAAGAAGGGGUUAAUGAGGCAGAAAGCCGCGUGAGCUGCCGGGCACAAACACCCACCGCCACCCACCACUCCUAGCGGACGGAUGGAUCUCUGCCAGGCCCCUGUGACUUCGGGAAUGGAGGCCCUGGAGAUGCCAAGGGGAGAGCAGAAGGCGCUGUGGAAAUGGCAGCCCCUGAUAAAGACUAGAGGGGGUGGGGGGGCGAGGAGGGAAUGGUUGUUGAGUUGCAUAAAUAUUAU